GUUCCAUCAAAGUGGCGAGACUAUCACAUCUGUUUUCCACAAAUGUUCUUAAGUCAGUGUUGGAAUGAAGCAGAACAGGGUAUAUAACUGGUAGACCCUGAUAAAAUACAUCUAAAGGGGAAUACAGAUUUUUUUUUUCAUUCUAAUUGGAUUGAAAAUGUUAUUUCUAGGCAGAUUGUGUAAAUCCUGACUGUGAACGUGCUUUAUCUCGAGUACGCGUCACCAGGUGAUGGGCAUUCAGACAGACUUUACAGGUCAUUAUCAUUACACAAACAUUGUGAAACGCGGUCCUGUGCAGUGAGAAUAGAAGGCCAUUUCCGUACAGUGGGGCUCUCUUUGAAAUACCACCCUCCGCCUUUGUUGUGCACAGCGAGGGGCGGGAAGACAAACAGGUCCACAUGUAUAAAGAGAUCAUCCCAGGACUGAGAGGCAGGAGACUUCCAAGCAUCCUGCAUCGUAUCGAAACGCUUUGGGGGAAACUUUGGGAUUCAGGAUUCCAAGGCCCGCUUUGGACUUUGCCACUCGGUCAUUUUCCUUUUCGUCAAAACAGAAGGGAUUUUUUUCCUCCGUGUGUUUUUGCAGCACAGCAGCAUUUAAGGGGAGAAUCAUGCAGUUGCCGUCUGCGCACCGCUUCUUGGCUGUGUAUCUCACGCUGUUUGGAUACUUUGGGGACGUUUACGCGGGGACGGUCCUGACGAACUCCAACGCCAUCAAAAACUUGCCCGGAGCUGCUGUUGGCAAAGGCACCAACACUGUCAGUCCGAGUCCGCGCACCUCACCCUCCGGUAGCGUGGGACACAAAUUACCAACAGACACCUUGCAGUCGGGUGUUUGCACGGAUGAUGAAGAUUGCGGAGGUGAUGAAUUCUGCAACGACGUCCGAGGCGCUUGCCUGCCCUGCCGUAAGAGCCGGAAGCGUUGCGCACGGGACUCCAUGUGUUGUGCAGGAAACCGCUGCAGCAAUGGUGUUUGCCAGGCAAAUGACAUAGAUGGUACAGAUGCAUCCAUCAUCACUGGCUGGCACAAACACAACAACACCAUGGAGCAUCAAGCCAAGAGGCCUCCCAGUGCCCACGGCCACCAGCCUCAUGCUGCAAAGGGCCAGGAGGGGGAUAACUGCCUGAGAUCUGCAGACUGCUCCGAGGGUCUUUGCUGCGCCAGGCACUUCUGGUCUCGCAUCUGCAAGCCCGUGCUGACAGAGGGCCAGGUGUGCACGCGCCACCGCAGGAAAGGCUCCCACGGUUUGGAGCUGUUCCAGCGCUGCGACUGCGGCGACGGCCUGGCCUGCCGACCAGAGAAAGGGGAGCGAGACCACAGUGUCAGCAGGACUGCAGCCCGGAACCUACACACCUGUCAGAGACGCUGACACAAACGUGUGGACACGCACACACACACACACACCCAAAGACACCCAACACCUAAGACAUUCUUUCCUGCCAAAGUUGCUGACUCGAACACAGCACCCGGAAGGAUAGACAAGAUUUCUGGAAAAGUGAUACACCCAGAGGGAUGCAACUGUGCAAGAUGGACUGAUCCGAUUCCCCAUCAACAGAUGGGGAGUUGAAAGUUAGGAAGUGACAUUUUAGAAGUGUUUGGAACAUCGAUUCAUGUUGUCGGUAAUGGCAGAGCUGUUUUGUUUCUCUUUAUGGAACUUCAAGCCUCAGUUAUUGCAGUAAAUUACUGCAUUGUAAAUAUUAUCCAUGAGGUGGCACUUAAAUGGGCUAUUGAAUUAUGUCAACACCAGUAUUAUAAAGACAUGGUGCUGCAUGGUAAAUAUAUAUAUUGUUUUAUAAGAAAAUGUUAUAUAUAUAUAUAUAUAUAUAGAAAAUUUGAAUAUAUUUGUUUUAUUAAACAGUUUUUUUCUGCUCUA